AUGGACGCGUUUCGACCCCAUGUUAUUAUGGGAGCAUCGAAAGGCGGCGUGUACAUAGUCGGCCUCUGGCGCAGAGGCUACUGGAGAGGGCCCACGGUGCUGAUCAACGCGCAUCCGACGUGCCGCCAGAUCCCGGAGGAGGCCAACGUUGUUGUGGCCGUGGGCUCCAACGACGAGGUCUUCACGGUUUGGAUCGUGGGGCAUCUUGUUUUCACCGUACAAGCCAUCCGGCAAGAAGUGGACGCAACUUCGCAGAAUUCUACAAGCACGUCCAGCCCAACCAACAACGAAAGCAGAAUCGACAGUCAGCUCUCACCCAUGCUGGCGACGGUCACGCUGCGACCUGAAGACACAUCGCGUAUUACGUUGGGCGACCGGGCACAUGGGGGUACGAUCAUCCAAUACGUCAACUGCUCAUGCGCGCUUAAACCGCUCGAGGGGUCCCAUCUGAUGAAAAUUGGCCCCACGGAUGUAAGUAAUCUGGCUUCUUUUUCAAUUGCUCCAUUAUGGGCCAAACUGCUGAAUCAUUCAGGGGCCUAUACGAUUAGCGUCGAGCCACCAAGAAGUCGGUACGCUGACUAUGCAAGAGUUGCUUCAGGAUUUGCCCCUGCUCUCGUGGCACUCGUUCUAGCACUGUACGCGCUGCCCCUUGCUUUGCACCAGCUGUGGUGCCACACAGCGCUGUCACCAGUCUCACAAGCAGGAGGUUCUGAGGCUGCUUCCGAGGCAGGCGCGACAAGCAGCGUUGCUUCUUGGGUGCGACACAACAGCGCCAUACCACUGGAGCAGGUGGAAGAGGAACUGCAGCUAAGCAUGGAGCCAGCUCAGAAGAUGCAAGACAUCAGGUUCACAAUGGUCAUGGACAAGUGUUUCGCGGUGCAGCUGUCACUCCUCUACUUCACAGGCAAGUUUUUCGCCUCUGCCUUUUUCACAUUACCGUUGGUGCAAAUAGUGCCCAAGUUUGUGAUCGUGACACUGAUGGAGUCACUGCUCCAAGCAGUUAGCUGCGGUUGUGUGUUUCACGGCCUUAAGCAGACGGCAGCCAGUCCGCUUGCAAGGCCAGGUGCCAAAUGCCCCACGAAGGUCAACAUCAAGCUGGCCUCAGUUCUCAACGAGCAGCUUUUCAAGACGAUGGUCGCAUAUGGUAUUGUUCUGGCUAAUAUAAUGAUUGCGAUACCGCGCCUCGCUGGCUUCCUCGUUGAGUUAUCAAAUUUGAAGAGGUUGGCACUUGAAGAUUCAGCCUUUGUCAUAAAUGUGCUGAACGACUUCUUGCUGAAGAUGCUCUUCUUCCGGUUCAUGCUGGAUGCGUCGCUGCAGGCUCGCAUGGUGCGGUUACAUGUGGAGGCCGCGCUGGACAAAGUACUUUCUGUGCAUAAGCAAACUGGGACUGAAGCUACUCCAAGCCAUGAGGGCCGAAUUGACACCCAGAAGAUGAAAACGCUUCACGCCUACAUCGUCAAGCUCGUUAUUGACGUUCUGCCCUGCUUAGCAACUAUCGGCAUGCCUGCAGCUGUUUUUGUUGUGUGCAGUUGGGUGAGCUACGUGCUGUUCGCUCUGAAGCUAUUCAGCGGCAGCGCCAUUUCCCAAAUGGAAUAUGGGACGAUACAAGCGAUUCUUGUGGAGGCAGUGGCAUUCGAGCUGCCUGCUGUUGCCUGUUUGUUCCCGUUAACAGCAGUGUCGGACGCCUGUGAUGAGCUACGCAUCAGACUGAACACACUGAGGGCAGUGAGUGGAGCUGAUGACGACAAGCACAUUCGAAUGACUGAAGUAUAUAUGCAGCAGGAGAACAAUGGUCAGGGAAUGGGAUUUGUCAUGUACGGCACCGGCAUGGUCGUAAACAAAGGGAUGGAUGCCCAUUUUGGGACAUGGGACUUGGAUUCCAUAGUCUACCCGGUGCAGCGGCCGGAUCUCGAGGCUUUGAUGCACACCGGAGGGCAGAACAAGACGUUUUUGUACUGGACCGCAGACAGCGGGCGGCUGCCCUCAGGACAGAUCUCGCGGCAAGGCGACACCCACAACCAGGAGUCUCUGCUCCACCACGACGUCCUCCCUCGGCUCAUCGAUGCGACCCUCUGCAAGGAGGGUCCAGAAAUGCACUUUCAUCGGACCUGGAAAGAGAGGCUCUCUCGAGAGAGAAACAAUGCCGAGCUGUGGCUAGGCUACAGCCCCGAGCAGAUCAUGCGGCUAUGGUCUACAAAUGGCCAUCAGAGUGGAAAGCAUCUGCACGAUGUGCCCAUGGGAACGGAGGAGUACAGGAUGGUCAAUGCCGCUUUUAAGGCGUUGCCGAUAGAGCAGCAGGCCUACAUCCUCUCGCCUCCAGAGACCUGGGCACCUGUGCGAGCUUUACGGAUCCAGCGCGUGGAGAACGGGCCACAGGGCGAUGCCUCCUGGAAGCCCUACUACAAGUCGCUCCUGCGGUCUUUGGAAGACCAGGGCGUUGAGUUCGAGCCCGGCACCCACACGUGUUGGGCCUUUCACGGUUGCAACAACGAGGCCUUGGAGUCGAUCGUGAACAACCCGGUGUGUGGUUUCCAGCCCUUGGCUUCUGGAACUCGCAGCACAACGCUGUGGGGAUCUGGGACAUACUUCGCCCGGGACGCCAAGUACGUGGCCGACGGGGGCUUCUGCGGUGCCCCCAACGCCGAUGGCACGCGGAGGAUCGGAGCCUGUGCCCCUCGCACCAGCUGUUGGCGUUGA